AUGUCAGUCAUCAGAGCUACCUCCUCCGUCAGACUAAUGGCCCUUCGAGCUCCUGCUCCCAUGUUCGUUAGAAACUACUCUCCUGACUCUCGAAGUGAAGGUGCUACCGGCUCUUCUACCUCUUUCAGAGAACGAGAACAAGCAUCCGAAACCAAGUACAUCAAAGAACACGAAGCUGAGAGACUCAAGCAAGCGAAACAAAAACUUGAACAAGCUCAAGCUGAAGUUGACAAACAACAAAAGAUUGUUGACAAAAGCAAAUAA